AUGCAUGACGUCUGUUCUUCGUAUUUUCUCAAGAGUGGGCAUGUGGAGAGGGAGGAUCGUAUGAAUCGUGUGGAUUGGGCGGUUGGCCAGUCAUGUCCACCUGACAAAGUAUCGUCUCCUGAUGAUCUUGUACAGGAAUACUCCGUAGUUUACAGAAGCGUGGAGUAUGGGCCAGGUCGGUGCUUUAUGAUUUAUUCUUUGGGAGUAGAGGGUCGUGGGUUAAAUACUUGA